AUGAAGUUAUGUUUUGUGACUGUGGGGGCCACGGCUUCCUUUCAGAAACUACUUGAACAAGUACUUAAUUCACAAUUUCUCGAGAUCCUAGCCAAACACGGCUACACCCAUCUUCUUGUUCAGUACGGUAAAGAUGGCCAGCAGAUUUUCCAAAACUUCGUCGAUAGUGACCAACCCGACCACGGUAUCACCCUAGGGGGCUUCGACUUCCAGCCGAGCAUCGAUGCCCAAAUGAUGAUGACCGUGGAAAGAGAGGCUCUGGACCAAAAGCGCGGCUUGAUCAUUUGUCACGCUGGAACUGGGACUAUUCUGGCAGGACUUCGCUUGGGCGUGCCUUUGAUUGUGGUCCCUAAUCCAGACCUUGCCGAUAAUCAUCAACAGGAACUAGCCGAUGAGCUGGAGGAAGGGAACUACGUAAUUAGUAGUUCUGUCGAGGAUGUGGGCAGUGCGAUUAGCAGAGCAGAGACUCAGAAAGCCGAAGUAUUGUCUAUGACACCUGGAAAUACAACUCUUGCGGAAAGUAUGUCUGAUGAUUUGUGCUUUUUGGACUAA